GGGGGGAUACAGCGACGAAACCUCACCUCUUACUAACAUCCUCUCUCUCUGCUCCAAUCAUGUACCGAGGAAAGCCUUCAGCUGCAUGUUCUUCGUGCCGUGCGCGGCGCAUUACGUGCGACAAAAAGAAGCCCCAGUGCACACAAUGCACACGUAUGCGCAUCGACUGUACAGGCUAUCGCGAUCCGUUAGACCAAAACUUCCGCGAUGAGAGCGAAAGUGUCGUAAAAAGAGCACAGAAAAGCUACAAGAAAGCCAGUGGUGUUGGUCAAAGCAAGCGAUGCGCGCAAAAAGACGGCAAGGCCUACCACUGUGCCGACUCGUGCGACAUAGUCCCGCUCAAACUUUACCAGGACUGUGCUAUUCCCAAUGCUCCCAUGUUGCUCAACCUUUCGCAAUCAAUUGAAGACGUAGCCGUCGCUCACUUCAUGUCCUCUUACAUCCCAGGAAGCCAUUUUGACUAUUUGCCGGCCAUGUACGGGCAACUCAGCACCGAGAUGGUGUUGACCGCAGCCGUUCACGCAGCUUCAAUGGCAUCGCUGGGGCGGGAGCUAGGGCAGCCUAGUAUCAUGGCCAUGGCUCGUCGCUCGUAUGGGAAAGCACUGCAGAAGAUGGACUGCGCCCUGGCAGACCCCUCGAUCGCCGCCAAUGACACAACACUAAUCUCAGUACUGCUAUUGGGCCUCUUCGAAGCAAUGGUUUGGGCAUCUCCCAGAACACCGCAUAGUUGGACAGCUCACACCCGAGGCGCACUCGCACUCAUCAAACUUCGUGGGCCUCAACAAGUUGAAACGCCAGUUGGGCGGACACUUUUCGUCCAGGUCGCGAACAUCAUUUGCGUUAGUAGCAUACAGCAGAAAACACGUAUACCACCGGAACUGGUGGCUCUUAUCAAGACAGCCAUGCACGACGAAUGUGGAGCUCCGAGGUAUGGGCUCACGCGUUUGACUGGCGAGGUCUCAAACCUGAUGGCCGAUAUAGACGAGGGCGGCAUGACUGCAGAAGAGAUCAUUAGAGCCACACAAAGCGUAGAUGAAAAAUACGUUUCGUUCUCUAAGAGCAUUCCACAGUCAUUAAAAUACCGGGCGAUUACAAUAAACAAGCCGCGACCGGAAGUGUACAACCAGACGGUCUAUCAAUAUCCUAGCCAUCGCGCAGCCCAGCUCUGGAACUCCUACCGCAUGACACGAAUCCUACUCAAUGAAAUCAUCCACGGGUACGCUGCCUAUGUGUCCCCUUGUUCGAGGGCCGAGAUCCAAGACCAUGCGACGGAGAACGUACAACAAAUGGCCGUUGAGAUAUGUGCAAGCAUCCCACAGUUCACCAACCCUUUAGAAUUUUCCGUCCCCCUUGGACGUCACUUUCCAAGUUCCGCAGGUCUUGCCCCCGUUUCUAAACCCGAGUCUCUGUCGCUGAAAGCCUCAGCUGCAUCAUUACUAUGGCCUCUAUCUGUGACCCGGAGCGCGAGUAUCGCUAGCGAGGACGUGAGAGCGUAUUCCGUAGAGCGAUUGAAGUUCGUGGGCCGCGAAUUUCGCAUGCCACAGGCGGAGAAGGUUGCACUGGAGAUGGGCGAGUUCGAUUCACUACAGGACGGGCUGCAUAUGUUUUAUGUUUCGUGAGAAGCAGCUUGUGUUGCGUCACCUUAUUGACAGCCUCAUCGACCUCAACACUUGUUCAUCACACCCCAGUGAGUGCGUCCUAGUUGGCGUCGAACAAGGUAUCGCGGGCGUCCCCUGGCUCACCAGGACUAUCUUCACCUACGAAGAUUGUGGCCACCGAGACGUACCCGACAUCAGUUAUUUUAACAGACAACCAUAGGGUAAUGCCAUAUUGUAACUAACAAGGAUGACAAUAACGACAUUUGUGCCCCACCGAAGGAAGAUGAUAUGAUAGGGUUAGAGUUUAGAUGGUACUAAAUUAGAUAG